GAUAUAUAGAAAUGUUCUGGUAUGCUUACUAUUAGCUUUAUGCAGCAGAGGAGGGUGCAAACCGUGAUUACUUCAAAAUAAUAAUAGUAAUAAAUAGUCAUUUUCCUUGAACCGGAAACAACAGCCUAUCUGCUUCCCUCUACCACGCUCCCGACCUACCGGCCAACGAACGAGAUGCGGGCAGAAGAUGGGAGCACAGCACUUCAUUGAUUAACACUUUUAUGUAAACGACAAUUCCAAAGCCACUUUCAUUCCGUAAUAACUCAGUAGCUGCGUAGAACCUUAACAGGUCCCGACUUGUUGUUGGAAACCUUCGGCAGUCUUCGCGACACGCAAAGAAACAAGCCACACAGGUUGUUGUUGCUCACCUGGUGCAAUGGUUCCAGCUGUUCUGAGGCUCUACUUCUUCGGGACCGCCGUGAGCAUCUUCGCCUUCAUUUUCAGCCUGGCCGACUCGGUUGGCGGCCUGAUGUACGUCCAAGACUGCCGCUGGAUGCUGGAGAUGGAGAGGUGUCCCGUGCCGAAGCCUCAUGGAGGGUCUUUGGCGACCACGCACGUGGACUGAUGAGACGAGGGGGCAAAAUGUCAGCUGGCUGCACUUUGUGGAACUGUGGCAUCUUUAAAAAAAAUGCAAAAGGAGAGCACUACUGAAAUUUGCUAAGCCAAAGACACAACUGUAACAUGCAGGCGUUGAGAAAGUGGCUGCAAGCAGCAUGGGGGAAUGAUUUCAAGAUUAAUAUUUUGGUGUGUAAUAGCCUCAUAAUUAAAACAAACUAAUGCUAACUGAAAAGGCUGGCCAACCUUCCAAUUGUGUGUGCAUCUUUAAAAUUUAUGCCUGUGAUGACAAAUCUUGGCAGGCAGCAACAUCAUCACAUAUUAAAAUGAAUGGUAAAUGUGUGAAAUCUAAAAGCCAACAAAGCCGUCAGAAACGUAGCACAACAGGUGAUUUUAUUCUUAACCUCUUAUUGCUUUGACUUCUUGUUCAUGUUUGGCUUUGAGUAUUUCUCUCCUUUUGGGGAAUAAAUAUCCUUCCAAUUGAAACUUGACCUCAUAUUGCAUAUAAAUAAGUACUGUUUGAGUAAAGAUGUCACAAACCUGUUUAAAGAGCUGGAUCAUUAGCCAAUGGCAACUGUAUUCUAUCUCGAACGUUUAUCUCUUUUGGAAGUUAAAAUAUGACAUCAACAAAAGGACAUUUUUAAACAAAAAAAAAAAGUAAAUUCCGCAUAAACAGCACCCUCGUGUGGACACUCAUGUCUAAUACACUUACAACAAACAACGGUGGUAAUGAGCCUGCGAAAGCCGAAACUUGCUAAAAUAGUUCUUCAGCGCGUGCAUUGUUCACGAUUACUGCUCUGUUUCAAAAGUAAACGCUCUCUCUCUCUGGUGGAGCCCACUUGUGCGUCGUCUGAGGUCACACGGGGCCCUUCCGUGCAAAAUGGCCCCCAGGGUAAGUGCGACAUGAGCGGGAUGCGGGCUCAACACCUGCGCCGGCAGUGGACGCAGCACUUUUCGUGUUAAUGGGCCGUCCCCUCCCCACUCCCACACACCUGCCCCUGCUGCCUCUCCCCUGCCACUCGGAGCACACGCAUCCCGCCCGCGGACACCUCCACUGGGGCUCCCGAGCGUUUGCGGCACCGGUCAUGAUCUGGAAGCGAGUCGUGGCUCUCUGCGUUCUGCUCCAAUUCGGGGCCGAGGCGCGCACUCGCCCGCGGAGGGGCGCCGCUCCCUCCGCGGGCGCGUCCAGGGCUUCCAGGGGUCCUGCCUUCGACUCGUGUCAGGUCAGCCUGACCCCUCUCGAGCAUCGAGUCCUAGGCGACAACACCCACGAGACAGGAUUUAACGGUGAUGACGGCUCCUAUGUGAUUCUCACGUGGGUCGGCGAUGGCACUGGGGUGAUCUUGGUGUUGUCCACAAUCAGUGCUCCCAUCGACACGUUCCUUGAAGGAGGCUCCUCGCGCCUUUACCGAAGUACGGAUUACGGCAAGUCCUUCCGCGACAUUUCGCACAGCAUCAACCACACAUUCAUCAAAGAGGAGUUUGGAGUCAGCGUGGGACCAGGAAGUUCUGUGAUAUUAACCGCCGACACACCCGUGGUGGACCAUCCGGGCGGCAUCAUUUUCACCUCGACAGACGCCGGUGCCACCUUUCGCUUCAUCCAGCUUCCCUUCCACCUGGCGCAGCCCAUCACCUACCACUUCCUCAACCCCGACUUGCUGGUGGCGCUGAGCAUCGAGGGUGCUCUGUGGCUGACGCUGGACUUUGGCGCCACGUGGACAAAAGUGCAUGAUGGAGUGCAUUCUUUCUCAUGGGGAGCUGGCAUCAAUUUGUUCUUCAGUUGCAGCAAAGCAGACACAAUGGAUGCGGAGGAGAGGGGCGAUCUGCAGCUGAAGAGGACCAAAGACCUCGGCAAGACCUUCACCACCAUCCACGAGGAUGUCUACAGUUUUGGCUACAUCGGAACUUUUCUCUUCUUCUCAGUCAUGGAAGACACGCGAUCUCCGAGGGUCAUGUAUUUUUCCUCCGACCAAGGAGACACCUUCAAUCGAGCGCUACUCCCGUCGGCUUCAACCGAACAGUUUUACUCCAUCUUGGACGGGGACGAGGACAUGCUCUUUAUGCACGUGGACAACCCGGGAGACACCUACUUUGGGACCAUGUACACAUCAGAUGACCGCGGCAUCCUUUUCUCCAAAUCGCUCGAGCGCCACUUGUUCGACGGGCAGCGGAAGAGCGAUUUCCGGAACAUCACAUCGCUCCGCGGCGUGUACCUCACCAAUAAACUGGACAAAGAUGGAAGGAUCAGAUCGGUCAUUUCAUUCAACCGGGGAGGAACGUGGCGACAGCUUUCCAAACCUCAGAAUGUGGAAUGUGGGGAGAAAGUGAAGAAUUGCAACCUUCAUAUUCACGGAGAACACAGUCGCAUCAAUCAUAUCGUGCCGAUGCUGCUCAUGUCCGAUCCCACGGCGGUUGGUCUGGUCAUCGCGCAUGGUUCGGUGGGUGAUUGCCUGUCGUCAUGGCAGCAUCCAGAUGUAUUUGUUUCCUCUGAUGGGGGUUACAACUGGAGGGGCACGCUGAGGGGUCCCCAUCAUUACAGCAUCCUGGACUCUGGCGGGCUCAUCGUAGCCGUGGAGGCACGGCGGGAAGGACAGGUCAAGACAAUCAAGUUCUCAACCGACGAAGGCCAGUGCUGGAAGUCGUACAACUUCACCGAGCAGCCCUUCUUCUUCGCCGGCCUGUCUUCCGAGCCGGGCACCAAGGCCAUGAGCGUCAGCGUAUGGGGCUUCCGUCCUGAGGAUGACGACCAGCCCAUGUGGGUGGCGGUCACCAUUGACUUCCAGAGCCUCAUCACGAGAGAAUGUAAUGACCAGGAUUAUGAGGAGUGGUUGGCGCACUCAACCGGGGGAGAAGGUUUGGAGAGGGACGGCUGCGUCCUGGGUGUCAAGGAGACAUACCGGAGACGGAAGAAACAAGCCGUGUGCCGGAAUGGUCGCGGCUAUGUCACGGUAAAGACGGAAAUUCCCUGUCUGUGCACCAGGGAAGAUUUUUUGUGUGACUACGGCUAUCAGCAGCAAGUGAACACAUCGGACUGCGUGCCGCGGCCUGACAUGCACAACAAAACCUUGGAGAUGUGCCUGAAUGGAGAAGAGGACGAGCUCCUGACGGCAGGAUAUCGCAAGGUCCCGAGUGACCGCUGUGAGGGGGGAUUUUCUUCUCAGUUGGCAGGCCAGACUAUCAUCAGACCCUGUGGUGUCAAACCCAGCCCCGAUUCACCUGUCGCUCACGCCACUGCACCAGUGACACACUUUGACACGCCACGAGAGAGGAUGGUGCUGAUACUGGUGUGCGCUGGCGCGGGCAUCAUCGUCCUGGCCGCUGUCAUUUCGGCUCUGGUCGCCAUCAGGAGAGGGGUUUAUCAAUCUAGGGCGCCAGAAUAUCGUUUCUCCAAUCUCCAGAUUCAAGAUGACCGCAAUGGAGCCACGGGGGAUCGUGAAAGUGCCAACAGCAGCAAUGGAUCGGCAUGUCCGCAGGACUCAGAUAAUCAAAAUCUUCUACAGUAAAACAGUUUUUGAACCGGCCCGAGAGCGGAGUUGAAGAGCAACGAUAAAAUGAAAUUACGUUAUUUAUUGACAUUCAUUUGCUCGAAUUGGUUUUAUGCAACCUUGAUUUGUACAUUUUUUAUUUGAAUAUUAAAAUGCAUACAUGUUGAUAGUA